AUGCCACUUGGCCGAUGGAAUGAUGAUGAAGAUAGUUCUUCAUGUGGUGGGUGUCAGAGACCAGCAGCUGGCAAUCGCCGACGGUAUGAUCCUACUGAAAGUUCUGAACCUGAGGCUUCUGUGAAUGACUCUGGCUCAGAAUCGCUCAGCUCAGACUCAGAUGCUGGAUCAGAUGCGGAGCAACUGACCUCGGAGGUGGUGGAGCUCUCACUGCAACGCUUGCAGACCGAACGCUCGCCCAGCUUUGAAGACUGCAUCGGCUACGUCCUUCUUUGUGCACAUGUACUGGAGGACCACCCAAAGUCCUUGCUGGAGAUCUCAGAUGAACAGCUACGGGAAAACCUAUUAGCUCGUCUCAUUGAUGCCAAGCUUAUGGGCCCUGGAUUGCAAGUGGGAUUCAACCAUGACCCAGAGGGGCUACCGGAACGAAAGCUACCACAUGGGAACUUUGCAACGCUUUACAUUAUGUAUGAAUCAUUUUGCAAGGCAGCAGGGGAGGAGCCUGCCUCUCGUACUGUAUUCUACCAAGUUGGAAAACGUUGGAAGGUAUGCUUACGUUUCCACAAGCCUUCUGUUCAUUCCAAGUGUUGGACUUGCUCCACUUUGAAAGCUCGCAUUGCAAAUGCAAUUGACUUUCAGGAGCACACUCGCCUUGCAGAUGAACUUCUUUUUCAUUACAGUCAACAGUGGAAGGACAGGCAGGUCUACUGGCUAGCGCGAAGUCGCUCCAGGACGGAGAGAGACAUGAUGACAAUGAUCAUAGAUUCUUUUGAUCAUUGCAAGCUGAUGUUACCGCGAUUUCCCAACCGGCGAAGCCCUAAAUCCUCAGUCUACGAAACAAUCAAACGAACCUCAAUGACCCUCACUUGUGCCAUAUGCCACGGAUGGGGCAUAUACUUUUUUUGGCUGAUGAAGGCCUCCCACAAGGGUCCAACUGGACGCUUGAAGUUGCAUCUUGGCUAA